AUGUUUAAUCUUAUUAAACAAUCUGCAUUUAAAUCCCUUCAAUUCCAAGAGUUUCGCCAAGUAGUCCAUCCGUCAUUGGUUUUCUUGCAAGUGGUGAAUCGAUCAAGCACAAUGAAACGAAGUGUUAAGGAAGAAAUCAUACUUAAUGACCAAGAAUCAAAGAUCAGAGAUGUGUUAGUUGACUAUUGUAACUUUUAUAAUUCACAGGAUAAUGGUAAGGGACAACUAGAAUUAAGAAUCACAGGGGGUUGGGUACGAGAUAAGUUAUUGGGAAGAGAAAGUAAUGAUAUUGAUAUUGCUGUCAAUCAUUUAACUGGUGAAGAUUUUGCAUCGCAAUUACUUGAUUAUCUAAAGACUCAUCGUAAUGAUCUUACUUUAAAAUCACUUCAUACUAUAAAACUGAAUCCUGAAAAGUCAAAACAUUUGGAAACUUGUACUGCUCGAUUAUUUGAUAUGGAUAUUGAUUUUGUCAAUUUAAGAUCAGAAGAAUAUUCUAAAGAAAGUAGAGUACCAAUCAUUAAAUUUGGUACAGCAGAAGAAGAUGCAUUAAGAAGAGAUGCUACUUUAAAUGCCUUAUUUUAUAAUUUGAAUCACAGUAAGAUAGAAGAUUUCACGGGGAAAGGGUUUGAUGAUUUAAAAAAUGGAAUUUUAAGAACUCCACUUGCUCCAUUACAAACAUUUCUAGAUGAUCCAUUAAGAGUAUUAAGAUUAAUAAGAUUUGCUAGUAGAUUUGAUUUUAUAGUUGAAACUGAAACUUUGGAAUCAAUGAAAAAUCCUGAAAUCCGUUCUGCAUUAGCAUCUAAAAUCAGUAAAGAAAGACUUGAUGUGGAGUUGGAAAAGAUUUUUAAAAGUGAUAAUCCUAUUUAUGGUUUGAAAUUGAUAAACUAUACAAACUUAACCGAUAGUUUAUUUGGUCCCGAUAUUUUAAUAAAGGAAGCCACUAAAGCAAAAGAUACCAAUGGAAUCCAAAAAUCUGAAGCUGCAGGAGCUUUAUUAGAGGCACAUCUUGAUAAAGUCAAUGCUAUGUAUCCUGUAUUCAAAACCAUUAUUGAAAAUAAUAUUCCAAAUGAAAGUAAAUUCAAACAGUUAUUCACUAAUGUUACUAAUAAUUCAGAAUACCAAAAACCAUUUUGGUUAGCGUUGAUUUUAUUCCCAUAUCAUCUGGUGUCUUUAAACUUAAAUCCUAAGAAGCAAUUGGAACAUGCUAUAAAACUCAUCAUGAGAGAAUCAUUAAAAGCGAAAAAACUCGAUAUGGAUAUCGUCACCACCAUUAAUAAGCAAUAUGAUACUUCAAGAAAUGUAUUGGAACGAUACUUUACUGAACCUGAAUCGAUUAAAAGAUCCGAAUUGGGGUUAUAUCUUAAAGAAUUUUCUGAUUUUUCUGAUUUGAAUAUUCUUUUCAAUGCUUUUAUUGAAGUUCUGCAACAAUAUCAUACCCAAACUGCAUCAGCUCCAAGUCCAAUUCCUGAAGAUAUUACCAAUGAUUCCAUAAAGAGUCUUAUCUUGCAUACAGCUGACAAAUACGAAAGAUUACUCCAUACCAUUGAAGCACAAUCAUUGGAAAAUGUUCAUCAUUUAAGACCACUUUUGGAUGGAACUACAUUAAGUAAAGAGUUUAAAACGAGACCAGGACCAUGGAUUAAGAAGAUUUCCGAUGAGAUUUUCAUUUGGCAAUUGGAUAACCCAACUAAAGAUAAACAAGAUUGCAUGGAAUACGUAAAAGGUAUCAUUGAUAAAUACAUAUAG